AUGGCGACCAGCAAGAAAGACAUAAAGCACGCCACGGCUCAGGCCAAGUUAUCGGAAGACGAGGCUCUGAGGGUGAGCUACAAAGCCGGAACGCCCAUCGAGGGUGGCAAGAUCGCCGAUUCUCAGCCGGUGAAUCUAUUUUCCGGCGCCGGUCGUAUUGCAACCGCGCAACGGGAAGAUGAUGACGAACGGCGUGUUAUUGCCGACUCGAAGCCUGUCCAUCUUUUUACCGGCGUCGAGAAAGGUGAGGAAACUAGGGAGUGA